UGUAGCUAACCAACUAGCGUUAGCUGUGAGUAAGCUGCGCUAAAGUGGCCUGCGGAUCAUUUUUUACCUACUGAGCCAGACCGCUUACUUUGGGAGCAUUCAGAAGAAGAAGGAAAAAUGUCGAAUGAUCUUGCCGGUGUGUGGGAGGUGGCACUGAGUGAUGGAGUCCACAGGAUAGAGUUUGAACACGGCACGACCACCGGGAAGAGGGUCAUCUUGGUAGAUGGAAAGGAGUUACUGAGACGGGACUGGAUGUUCAAACUUGUGGGGAAGGAGACAUUCAAUGUGGGCAAGUCGGACACCAAAGCCACCAUAAACAUUGAUGCAGUCAGCGGGUUUGCCUAUGAGUACACAUUGGAGAUCAACGGGAAGAGCCUGAAGAAGUACAUGGAGAACAGGUCAAAGGUCACCAGCACCUGGGUUCUUAACUUGGACGGUACUGACAGCAGGGUGGUGCUGGAGAAAGACACCAUGGAUGUUUGGUGUAAUGGACAAAACAUUGAGACUGCAGGGGAGUUUGUGGAGGACGGCACAGAAACACAUUUCACGCUGGGAGACCACAACUGCUGCGUGAAGGCUGUGAGCAGCGGGAAGAGGCGGGACGGCAUCAUCCACACGCUGCUGGUGGACGGCACGGAGAUAGCCGAGUGCACCGAGUGACUGUGUGAAUGUGUGUGUGAACACUUGUAUGAAAGCAGAGACUCUUUGAAUCUGUGAAACAGAGAGAGGGUGAAGAGGAGGAGUCCUUGAAGUGACAAUAAUACACACUCCUAUGGCUUGAUGGCCGUCCUUUGGAGCGUAAUUUAGCCAUAUAUUGGUACUGUAAGGGUUGUUCUGUAAGUAAAGGGAUAGUUUGGAUGUGUUAAAGUGGAGUUUUAUAAGGAAUCCAUAGUCAGUCACUUUCAAAACUAGCCAAAGUCUCACAAUAAGCGAUCCUACUAGCGAUUGACCAGCAACUCCUUUGUUCUGGGAGGUUACAUUUACUGUUUUUGUCAAUGAACAAACAUUUUUAAAUUGUUGUGAUAUUGUUUAUUUCCCUCUGUGGGACGAAUACAUGUGUUCUGAUUGUGGAGUCUGGUAGCUUUGAAGAGAGCAUAGAUACUCCUUCAGUUCUUCUUCGGAGGCAAUGUAAAGUGGUGAAAACAUUCUAAAUACAGUGUUUACUUAUAUUGAUCUUUACCUAUUUAGGUUGUCCUUUAUUUUAGGUGUCUAAAAGAUCUAUUGCUGCAGCAGUAGAUACUCCUUUUCCAUUAUUCCUGUCUGUUUCCCAAACUAAGAGCAUGCCAAUCUCUCUGUAGGUAAUACACUGACUAUGGAUAGUUACCUUAUGAAACUCCAAUUAAAACAAUUUGAACUUUCUCUUUAAAAGAGUAAUAGGCAAAGAUAGAACCUGCUGUUUUAGAAAUAAGGGUGCAACCAAACAACAAAAACAAUACUGUCUUAAAGAUGUUACUUCACACUGAAAAUCUAUUUUGAGCUGUACUUUAUAUUGAUAUUAAUAGUUCAAUUUCAGCAAUAUGAUGAGCAUUAGAGGCCAGAUGUGCCAUAUGUAUGUAACUCAGCCUAGCUCUGUUGUCUCUGUUGUCUUUCUGUGUGAAACGCUGGAGUCAUUUUGUAAACAACCAACCUAUUCUCCCUCAUCAUGCUCGCUAUAUUGUAUUUUUUCAAUCUUGCGCAUUUGGAGGAUUUAAUAACAGGGUUUAAGAUGAUUCCUUUAUCGUAGCAUCAUUCCAGUGUGCACUGCUCAGGAGUGAUCUGUGUUCAGAUCUAUGUUAAAUGGUCUUUGUAAAACUGGUGGAUGUUACAGGAAUAUAGCUUUUAGCAGACUGGUGUAGGUGUGUUAAAAGACCCUAGGGUGCUUUGUCUACAAUGUAACGGCUUCAUAGACAAUCAUCAGUCAGAAGAAACAGUUCAAGUAAAUCACUCGUAAGGAGACUCCGUGUCAUCCUCGAGAGAAGUGUGAAAUCCUGUUGUGCUGUCAAAUGAUGAGUCUCG